AUUAACAGGGAUUUCCAAAAAUGGUGGUAUAAAGAUAUGCACUAGGUCAGAGAGAGAGAGAGAUGAAACUUCCUUUUUUGCUCCAAUUAUAGGUGGAAUUGCUGAGAAUCUGGCUGAAAGGUUGAUGGGUGUGCUGUUUGAAGUCUGGUUGCUGGCCUGUAACCGGUGCUUUCCCACACCACCUUACUGGAAAACUGCCAAAGAGAUGGUAGCAAACUGGCGGUAUCAUUCUGCAGUGGUGGAGCAGUGGAGCAAAAUAAUCUGUGCCCUGACAGCUAGAUUGCUGCGUUUUACAUAUGGACCUUCAUUUCCACCUUUUAAAAUUCCUGACGAAGAUGCCAGUCUGAUUCCUCCAGAAAUGGAUAAUGAGUGUGUUGCCCAGACUUGGUUCCGCUUUUUACAUAUGCUGAGUAAUCCUGUGGAUUUGAGUAAUCCAGCGGUUAUAAGCUCUACCCCCAAGUUUCAGGAACAGUUUCUGAAUGUGAGUGGAAUGGCUCAGGAAUUGAAUCAGUACCCCUGCCUUAAACAUCUGCCUCAAAUAUUCUUUCGUGCUAUGCGUGGGAUCAGUUGCUUAGUGGAUGCAUUUCUAGGUAUUUCACGGCCAAGAUCAGAUAGUGCUCCACCCACACCAGUCAAUAGACUGAGCAUGCCCCAGACUGCUGCUGUCAACACAACUCCACCUCACAAUCGAAGGCAUCGAGCUGUAACUGUGAAUAAGACAAUGAAAAAUAGCACAGGUAGCACGGCUCAUUCUUCCAAAGUUCAACACCAGCCAUCCUCUACUUCUCCACUGUCUAGCCCAAACCAGACUGGUUCUGAGCCUCGACCGCUCCCUGCUCCCCACAGGCCAAAGGUUAACAGCAUCUUGAACCUCUUUGGAUCGUGGUUAUUUGACGCAGCAUUUGUUCACUGUAAACUUCAUAAUGGAAUGAACAGAGAUAGCAGUAUGACUGCUAUAGCAACGCAAGCGAGCGUGGAGUUCCGGCGGAAAGGGUCGCAAAUGUCUGCAGACACCAUGGCUUCCAAUCCCAUGUUUGAUGCAGGUGAAUUUCCGGACAACUAUGAAGCAGGCAGAGCAGAGGCGUGUGGAACACUUUGUAGGAUAUUUUGUAGCAAGAAGACUGGGGAGGAUAUACUGCCAGCCUACUUAUCUCGAUUUUACAUGCUUUUAAUUCAGGGUUUGCAGAUUGCGGAUUCUGUUUGCCAUCCAGUUCUGGCUAGUAGUAGUCUAAACUCCCCUGCAUUGUUCUGCUGUGACCUGAAAGGGAUUGAUGUUUUAGUUCCUUACUUCAUUUCAGCCCUUGAAACUAUCUUACCUGACAGGGAACUUUCCAAGUUUAAAUCAUAUGUGAAUCCCACAGAGCUAAGAAGAGCCUCUAUCAACAUCUUACACUCCUUGUUGCCUCUUCCUCAUCAUUUUGGAACAAUAAAAUCAGAGGUUGUUCUGGAAGGAAAAUUCAGCAAUGAUGACAGUUCAUCCUAUGAUAAGCCAGUAACCUUCCUAUCCUUGAAACUGAGGCUUGUGAAUAUACUUAUAGGAGCACUGCAGACGGAAACAGACCCCAAUAACACACAGAUGAUACUAGGUGCAAUGUUAAACAUUGUGCAAGAUUCAGCAUUUCUAGAAGCCAUUGGCUGCCAGAUGGAGACGAAUGAUGGUGAAAAUAAUACCUUGAAAAGCCACAGUCGCACAAACAGUGGCAUUAGCACAGCAAGUGGAGGAAGCACAGAGCCCACUACUCCUGACAGUGAGAGGCCUGCGCAAGCUCUCCUAAGGGAUUAUGAUACAGCAGCCGGACUCCUGAUCCGCAGCAUUCAUUUGGUAACACAAAGGCUCAACGUGCAGUGGAGACAAGACAUGAGCAUCUCAUUGGCUGCAUUAGAACUUCUUUCUGGUUUGGCCAAGGUGAAGGUUGCUGUUGAUCCUUCUGACAGGAAGAGAGCCAUUAGCUCAGUGUGUGGCUACAUUGUGCAUCAGUGCAGUCGUCCUGCCCCUCUCCAUUCUCGAGAUCUCCACUCCAUGAUAGUAGCAGCAUUCCAGUGUCUAUGCGUCUGGCUCACUGAACAUCCAGACAUGCUUGAUGAAAAGGACUGUUUAAAGGAAGUGUUAGAGAUUGUGGAACUCGGCAUCUCAGGAAGUAAAUCCAGAAACAGUGAACAAGAGGUCAAAUACAAAGGAGAUAAAGAGCCAAACCCUGCUUCCAUGAGGGUGAAGGAUGCAGCUGAAGCUACACUCACAUGUAUUAUGCAAAUACUUGGAGCUUUUCCUUCUCCCAGUGGCCCUGCCUCCCCAUGCAGCUUGGUGAAUGAGAUCACUCUAAUUAAAUACUCCCGUCUGCCUUCCAUAAACAAAUACAGCUUUCGAUACUUUGUCCUGGAUAACAGCGUCAUCCUUGCAAUGUUGGAGCAGCCCCUAGGGAAUGAGCAAAAUGACUUUUUCCCUUCAGUCACAAUUCUGAUCCGUGGGAUGUCUGGGAGACAUGCAUGGGCCCAGCAGCUGUGUCUUUUGCCAAGAGGAGCCAAAGCAAAUCAAAAGAUGUUUGUCCCAGAACCUUGUCCUGCACCCAAGAAUGAUGUCAGACUCAAAUAUACCAUGAAACAUCGGCCAUUUCCUGAGGAAGUGGACAAGAUUCCUUUUGUAAAAGCUGACCUGAGCAUUCCAGACUUACAUGAAAUAAUUACUGAGGAACUUGAAGAGCGGCACGAGAAGCUGAGGAAUGGGAUGGAACAGCAGGUUCUCUAUGAGAAGUCUAUCAAGCAGCGGAUGGAAGAAAAGUGGCGGAAGAAGAGUUUCCCUGAUCCCAUCACAGAGUGCAAGCCACCACCUCCUGCACAGGAGUUCCAAACCGCAUGGCUCUUCCUCUCUCACUUUGGAUUUCUAUCACUAGGAGCAUUGAAGGAACCGGCUAACAGUAGACUACCUCCUCACCUGAUUGCACUUGAUUCUUCCUUACCUGGCUUUUUUGAUGACAUUGGCUACCUGGAUCUGCUGCCGUGUCGCCCUUUUGAUACAGUUUUCAUUUUCUACAUGAAGGCAGGCCAAAAAACGAGCCAAGAAAUCCUGAAGAAUGCAGAGUCUUCCAGGAGUGUUCAGCCACACUACCUAGAGUUCUUGCUGUCUCUUGGUUGGUCAGUUGAUGUAGGAAAACACCCUGGAUGGACUGGGCAUGUUUCAACUAGUUGGUCCAUUAACAGCUUCUCUGAUGACGAGGGAAUUGAACAAGAUGAAAUAAUCUCUUCAGAAGAUGUUGGGGCAAGUAUCUUCAAUGGACAAAAAAAGGUGCUAUAUUAUGCAGAUGCGCUUACAGAAAUAGCUUUUGUUGUCCCCUCACCUCUGGAGUCCUUGACUGAUUCAUUAGAAAGCAGUGUCUCUGACCAGGAGAGUGACUCUAAUAUGGAUCUCCUACCUGGAGUUACAAAGCAGCCAGCACUGACCCUCGAGCUCUUUCCCAAUCAUACAGACAAUCUCAAUUCUUCACAAAGGCAGCUCAGUCCUACUUCCAGAUCAAAGAGGUUGCCUCAGGGUCGGGCUGUUCCCCCAAUGGGACCUGAAACCAAGGUGUAUGUGGUCUGGGUCGAACGCUACGAUGAUAUAGAGAACUUCCCUCUCUCUGACGUGGGAUCAGAGACCAGUACUGGAGUAGAAACAACUGCAAACAGCAGCACUUCACUGAGAUCCUCUACUCCUGAAAAAGAAGUUCCAGUGAUCUUCAUCCAUCCUUUAAACACUGGCCUAUUUAGGGUAAAAGUGCAAGGAGCUACUGGGAAAUUCAACAUGGUCAUCCCGCUGGUGGAUGGGAUGAUAGUGAGCAGAAGAGCUCUAGGUUUCUUAGUGAGACAGACUGUAAUAAACAUUUGUCGAAGAAAAAGGCUGGAAAGUGACUCGUACAAUCCUCCUCAUGUCCGCCGAAAACAGAAAAUAGCGGACAUUGUCAAUAAAUACAGGAACAAACAGCUGGAGCCGGAGUUUUAUACCUCCCUUUUCCAAGACGUCGGGCUAAAAAACUGCAAUCCUUAGACCAAUAUCCUUCUUGAACAAUUAGAUCAGAGCUUGGUGUCUACUGUAAUGAAAAGGAAAAAAACAACCUUCCCCAUCUUGGAACUCCUGUAUAAAGAAACCACAACUUGAGCAUGACCUCUGCUUUUGCAGCAAGGAAGAAAUGGGGACUGGACCUGGGUCCUCACCCUGCAAGUCUCUGGAUACAGCCCCACACCACCAACGGCUGCAGAGGGAUAAGCUGUAACAUCUCUCACCAUCAAGCAUUGCUUAGCAGUAGACAAUAUUAGUCAGUGUCUAAAAGAGGGAGAGGGUGAGCUACACUUCUCACAGCUCAUACUGUCCCACAGUUGCAUAAAAUGCCCUGUUCUGGGCAUAGAGCUAAUGUCUGGAAUUUCAAACUUAGUUUCUCGAGCAGGUUAGGUUCAAGGGCAAGUUCUCUCAGAGACCAUAACAAUUGCAAGGCAGCCCCUGUGCAGUUAACUAAAUUCUGCUUGCGUGCCCACUUCAUGACCAGUCCUGGUGCCAGACUUUUUUCUCUCCCCCCCC